AUGGCUGAAUGGGGGUGGGUGAUCGCCCAGGAGGGAGAGAAGAGGGAAUGGCGAGAGAGUGUGGUGUUGGAAAAUGGGGUUUAUGGAGUGUUGGUUCUUCAAAUAAUGAUUGCAAAUGAGUGUGCUAUUGUAUCAAGAUCAUUCAUGGCCGACCCAGAAAUCGACAAUCUCAAUUCUGACCAAAACAUUGGCGAUAAUAUAUUCGUUACAACAAUGGAUCAUCCAGAGUCGGUUGCUAGCAAUGUUUACGAAACGCCAAAUGGGACUAGGUACUGGACACCCAUUGUCCCCCGUGGAGUCAAACCUGUUUUGAAAGCUAGAUUUACUACGAUUAAACAAGCAGUUGCAAUGUACGAGGAGUACGCACAACUUGCAGGAUUUGGAACCCGUUUGGGUACUUCGAAAAAAGUAAAAAUAGGCAACGAGGUAAUUACGACUCGGCGAUACGUUUUAUGCUCUAGGGCGCCAGUGAACAAACAUAAACAUAAAGAAACUAACCCUGAUGAUAUUGACUCAACUUCACCAUCGCGUCGUUCCAAUGUUAAAGUUACAGAUUGUAAGGCAUGUAUGAAGUUUCGUCGUAUAAAAAAGUCAACUGAUUAUGAAAUCUAUGGUUUUGUUGAAGAACACAACCAUGGGUUUACAUCUCCCGAGAAUCUUGACUUAUCACUAAAGCGAAGGAAGCUUGAUUUUUCUACACAAGAGUUCAUAGCAAAGUGCCGCAAUGCUAAUCUUGGCCCUACCAAAUCCCACAAGGUACAUGUUGCAAUAAAAGGUGGUCACCAUAAUGUUCACGGUACCGUUGUGGACUACAAAAAUUGUGGCCGUGACAUUCGAGAUUUUAUUGGCGAUAGAGACGCGCAAAUGAUAAUUGACAAGUUCAAAGCUCGAAGCGAAAAUAAAGUUAAUUACACUUUCGAUACCCAUAUUGAUGAUAUGGAACUUCAGUUAAUUUUUUGGUGUGAUGGCGUUUCUAAAAUAGUCUACGAAGCGUUCGGUGAUGUUUUGGCGUUCGACGCAACGUACGAUAUGAUUUUUGUGCCUUUCACGGGAGUUGACCAUCAUAAAAAGUGCACAAUAUUUGGGGCUGGGUUGUUACAUAAUGAGACUAUUGAAUCAUACACAUGGCUACUCCAAAAAUUUCUUCAAGCACACAAUGGGAAACAGCCACUCUUGAUAUUAACUGAUCAGGAUUGUGCUAUGAAACAAGCUGUCGCCAACGUAUUUGACAAGUCCAUCCACAGACUAUGUAUGUGGCACAUUAUUCAAAAGUUGCCAGCAAAGAUCAAGGGUAACGACAAAAGGAACGCGGAAAUCAAGAAAAAAUUCCACAAACUUGUAUGGAAUGUUUACAUCAAACCAGAAACCUUUGAAAAGAGAUGGCAUUUACUUAUUACUGAGUACGGUUUGGAAGAGCAUUCUUGGUUGACUGAGAUAGACAGGAUGAGAGGCAAGAUUGAUAAAUUAGAGGAACUCGAUGCUCAAGUACAGGCAUUAAAAGAUAAGAUCUUUGCAGAAGUUCCAUAUGAUCCGGAAGUUAAUAAGAAGGUUGUCGUCUACCAGGAAAUUCUUUCGCAUGCCAUACCAGAGGAGCUCUCGUGUACUGCACCGAAGAAAAUCCGUAACAAAGGCUGUGGAAAGCAUAAACGACCGGUUGGCUCAAAGGAAAUAGCAAUAAAGAAAUUCAAAAAAAAGAGAAGAAAAUGUAGUGUUUGUGGGAAACGGGUAAGGAAGCAUGAUAAAAGGAAUUGUCCAACUAAAAAAGGUAAACCAACGAAGGAUGAUUCAUCUACCAAAGAAGUUGACGAGGAAGAAGACGAUGACCAUUAUGAGUACGACGAAGGAAAUGAAACCGGUACUGACGGCGAAGGAAACGAAACCGGUACUGAUAGCGAAGGAAACGAAACCGGUACUGAUGGUGAAGAUAAGAUAGUGACAGCUAGAAAUUUUCUUGAACUUACAAACAUUUUCAGAACAAUUUGUUGA